AUCUUUUUGUGUCUUUCUGUUGCUUUCAAUGCUGGGGCAGCCGGAGCGGGGGGGGGGGGGGGGGUGUGCAGCAGAAAUGAAUCUGUUGCCGUCUGUUUGCAGUAAGAGGAAAUGAGAAGGAGGUUGGCAGGUGAUGCCAGUAAGAGUGGGAACAAAAGGGGUGAGAGGCCGGAAGGGAUCCUAUGGCCGGAUCGUCUGCUUGUGGUGAGAAUUCAGGCCUGCUGCUUUGACCUGGAAGAGUUGCUCCUGACACACUCUGCAACAUGCGCUCAGAGGCUUUUUCUUGCUUUAUUUAUUCUCGGGCGGGCCAUUGACAUUUGCACAGUUUCAGGAUGGAGGAGCCGUAUAUUGUCUUUCAGUUUAGGACGGCAAACACAACACUUUGGGAAACCCUCUUAUUAGAAAGAAAAUAUCAGUAACUGAUGAGAACAGUGCACUUGCCGGUGGAUUUUCUGUUGGAAAUGAGUACUGCUUGAUGGAUAAUCUACCAGAUAAAUAAGAACCUCAAACUGAGUUUAUGGUAAUUAGAAGAAUAAUGCAAUGGAGCAAAAAUGUUACAGAAUAAAACCAAUGAGGAACCACAGUGCAUUUUAGUCCAAAAACUUGACAUCCUUUUCAAAGACCAAAAAAUAUUGCCAUUAUGGACUGCGAGAAGAAAUAGAUGCAGGGUUAGAGUCUACAGCCACAGUGACCGUUGGAUUUAUAUCUCAUUACACUGUCUUGGUAGCUGAACAUCAUCUGGUCAUCUGAAGGAUAUUUGUACUUGCUACGAGCACACAGGGUAUUGUAAAAUGGAAGUCACCUGGAAACUAGAUCGAAUUCCAAGACCGGGUUCUGCCGCCACAGUUCGUGUGACAGACUUGGGCUGGCAAGGACUCUUGAAUCCCAGCCCAUCAGUUAGAGAUGAUGGAGACUUAUUAGUGGAUGAAUAUCUUUCUCCUGGUAAACUGCAAGCAUUGACAGGGCUAGAUGAUCUACGACAAGUGAGGACUCUGGAGAUGCGUGUUGACACAAGAGAGAACAGUCUGGGAAACUUUGGUGCUUAUCUCCCUAAUUUAAAACAAUUGAAACUGAACAACAGUGUGGUUACAUCUGUGAGGGACCUUGGAACAGCAUUGUCGCAUCUUCAGGUCCUUUGGAUGGCUCGAUGUGGGCUUUCAGACUUGGAUGGCAUCUCUUCCUGCUGUUCUUUGAAGGAACUCUAUGCAGCCUACAACAACAUUGCUGACUUAAGCCCAGUGAGCCUGUUGGAACAUCUUGAGGUCCUAGACUUAGAAGGAAACAGCAUUGAGGACAUUGGUCAGGUUCAAUAUCUGGGGCUCUGUACCAAAUUGACUAUUCUUACCAUGGAAGGCAACCUUAUUUGCCUGAAACCAAGCCCACAAUCUUCAGAGGUCACCGACUACAACUACAGAGCUGAAGUAAAAAAACUCAUUCCUCAUUUAAAGAGUUUGGAUGAAGUCCCUGCAAAUCAAACUGCCAUUCCAUGUAAAAUGAACAAAGAUUGGCUAAUAGUCAAGGAAUCCAUCAAAGAAGGAAGUUUGAUUGAAGAAGCCACUGGUUUAGAUUUUUAUUCGGGAUCAGCAAGAAGACCAUGUUCUGCUGGAAGACCUCCCACAAGUAAUUUCUUAUCAAGUUCUAGACCACAGACUGCACAAAGACCUCCUACUGCUCAUUUACUCUUUAGUAACAGCAUCUUCCCAGAGUCCACAAUUUCUGAUGAGAUGGUGCCAGAAGAUGAUUCCAGUGACUUAACACAUGGUGUCAGCAGAGUGAUAUGUGGGAACCCUAUCAAGGCUCUUCACGCACGGCGGCAAAAACUAGGUUCUACAGUAAUGAACCUGUUGCAGCCACAGUGUCAUCCGAAUGACUCGGAAGAAACUGGUGAUAGAAACGCAGAAGAAAUCUUUGCUGAGCUGAAAAUUUGGACGGAGCAGCAUAACCAGUGUAACCUUUCUGCCAGGUACCCACACACCAUCCCUAGGGAGAAGGCUCUCAAAGUACUGAAAAUAACACACAGUGAUGAAGAGGAAGAAGAGUGGAGCCUGAGUGACAGCUGUGAUGAAGAUUCAAAAGAAACGAACAGUGAGAACCUAAACAAAAAGAUAUCUCCAGAUUCUUCCUAUCAGUCUGGUAUUUCUCAAUCAUCCUCAGAUUCAUUGCAUAUCUUGGAAAAUGCAUUACCUGCUCUUGUAAAGCACCCUCUUGUACCUUCUCCUCCAAAAUGUCCCUCACCUGCAUACAUACCAGGUGUGAAUGGUGGGUUUGUCAGAGCCAGACAUCUGAAAGCACCCAACUCAGAAAAGGUAGCUCAGCUGAAGCCAACUUUCUCAUCAACUGUGAACAGAGAUGUGCAGCAUGUGGUUGAGAAGACUACUGUUCUUAGACUCUGUGGAAAGCCUGAUGCCUCAUCUGACAUAUCUGUGUUUGGCCAGAAGCACAGGUCUUGUGGUAGCAUCAAUAAGACAAUCAAAAGACCUAUUUCAGGACCAGCAACAACUGGAUCAACAGUCAUCAGGGCCUCCGUGGAUAGAAGUCGUCAUAAGAUGAUCAACCCUCACCACAAAGUUGUUCACUCAUGCACAAAAAUGCCAGAGACCCUUGUAAUGCUAAACGUGGGCUGCCCUCUGACAACCAAGGCUGGGCUUCAGAGUUUGCCAAGCAGGCCGAAUAUCUCCAUGAUAGCUCAAAGCAAACUUCCUGAGCUGUAGGAAGUGGCCGGAGCAGCUGUGCAGACAUCGUUGCCAAGUUACAGAAGCACUCAGCUGUUUUCUGAGUUUCCCAUUUUCCUAUGAGCAACACAGGACAACUUUUCUGAGUCAAUUUGAUAAUUAAGCACAAGUGGCUCUAGGCAAGCAAAGCAGUUUAGCCAAAAUGCCUUCACUGCCACAAACAAAAGCGAUAUGUCAAGAGAGACGCUUCAGCCCUCCAACCAGCCAUUUUAGUAGCUUCUGAAAGAAGAGACAGCUUGUGCCAUUACAGGCCCCUCCAGAGACUGCAUGCCUUCUGGAUCAGCUGCAUGGCUGGCCUUACUAGCCAGGGUGGCUCCCUUGACUCAGCCAGUGGGAGGAAGGUACAGACUGUCCUUCUUCAGCUCCUCAGGUAUCCAGCUGCAGCUGUUCAAGGGUCAGCCGAUGUACUCCCUUAGGCAAAAUAACAGAAUAGACUGAGGAAGUUAUGUUACUUCAACUCUUGGAUAGGAUCUGGGUGGGCUCUGUGUGUUCUUUGGACAGAAGUCUAACUUGCAGAACAUAUCCUCGAUUCAGAUACUGGCUGCCCUAUCACCACUGAUGUUUAAACAGGUAUCCCUUUUGAGAUUAUUCUUUUUAGCAGGGAAAAACUGAGUAGUUCAGAGGGAGGUUGUAAUCAGAAGGAUUUGAUCAUAUCAACUUGUUUUAAUUGUGCUUACAAUAAACUCAUAGCACUUUUCUGGAA